CGUCGAAAUUGUAGUCAGUUCUUCAGUGACUUUCGUUUCGUGCAGUGUUAACAGUAAAGAGUAGUGAAAAAUGACUGGUCGCGGCAAAGGAGGCAAAGGCUUAGGAAAAGGUGGCGCAAAGCGUCAUCGCAAAGUGUUGCGUGAUAACAUCCAGGGUAUUACAAAGCCUGCUAUCCGCCGUUUGGCUCGUCGUGGCGGAGUGAAGCGCAUAUCUGGACUUAUUUACGAGGAAACACGCGGUGUUCUAAAGGUAUUUUUGGAGAACGUUAUCCGCGAUGCAGUUACCUACACCGAACACGCCAAGAGGAAGACGGUCACAGCUAGAGCUGGAAAACAAUCGAUGGCACUAUCGAUACCAUCGAUGUUUUAAAAAUUUUCUAAACAUCGAUGGUUCGUUGGCCACUAUCGAUUGUUUUCAUUAAUUCUGUGCAUUGAGGACAACGUUGAAAAUAUAAAUUCCUUGGAAGCAAGUGGUGGUGCUGGUUGUAGGCGUAGUGCUACAAAAUGGAUAAGUUUGUAAAAAAUUGUGUCUGACAGGAGAUGCGCACUAAAACCCAACAUUGUGGACAAACUUUUGUUCCUAAACAAAAAUAGUGAUCUCAAAUAAAAAUCUCGUUAAUUGUUAUUUUUGUGUUUUAACUGAAAACAUCGAUGUUUCAUCGAUGUUUACUUUCAAAAACAUCGAAAACAUCGAUGGUCCCAGACAUCGAUUGUUUUCCAGCUCUAGUCACAGCCAUGGACGUUGUGUACGCCCUGAAAAGGCAAGGCCGCACCCUGUACGGUUUCGGCGGUUAAACAAAUCGUACAGCAGCCUGUACAUCAAUAAGCAAUCGGUCCUUUUCAGGA